UACUGACAUCCCUCAGUCCUGAUUAAACCUAUUUGAUUUCACCAGUUUUUAACCCACCAUGUGUUUGCAUUUCUUCUCCCCAGUCCCUGGCUCCACCUCUUCUGCCACAAACCUCAGCAUGGUGGUAUCUGCCGGCCCUUGGUCCAGUGAGAAGGCAGAGAUGAGCAUUCUAGAAAUCAACGAGAAACUGCGCCCCCAGCUGGCAGAGAAGAAACAGCAGUUCAGAAACAUCAAAGAGAAAUUUCUUGUAACUCAAGUGGUGGCCUGCUUCCUGGUCAACAGGCAGAACAAAUACAAGUAUGAAGAGUGCAAAGACCUCAUAAAAUCUAUGCUGAGGGAUGAGCUGCAGUUCAAGGCGGAGAAGCUUGCAGAGCAGCUCAAGCAAGCUGAGGAGCUCAGGCAAUAUAAAGUCCUGGUUCACUCUCAGGCACGAAAGCUGAUCCAGUUAAGGGAGAAGUUACGGGAAGGGAGAGAUACCUCCUGCUCAUUGACUCAGCAUCUCCAGGCCCUCCUCACUCUGGAUGAGCCGGACAAGUCCCAGCGGCAGGACCUCCGAGAACAGCUGGCCAAGGGGUGUAGGCUGGCACAGCACCUUGUCCACAAGCUCAGCUCAGAAAAUGACAAAGGUGAGGAUGAAGAUGUUCAAGUUGAGGAGGCUGAGAAAUUACAGGAUUCAUGUGCCCCCAGGAAGGUGCAGAAGGCCGAAGAAAGGGAAGUCCCUGAGGACUCACUGGAGGAAUGUGCCAUCACUUGUUCAAAUAGCCAUGUUCCUUGUGACUCCAAUCAGCCACACAGGAAUACCAAGAUCACAUUUGAUGAAGACAAAUUCAACUCACCUUUCAUUGACUCAUCCUCUCAUGAUGAGUGGGCAGAUGCUGUACAUAUUAUCCCAGGACAUCGGUGUGAUCAAGUGAAAAAGGAGGACCAAGAGGACACAGGUCCCAGCAGGGAGCUACUGGAGGUAGUAGAUCCUGAAGUCUUGCAGGACUCACUGGAUAGAUGUUAUUCAUCUCCUUCCAGUUAUCUUGAACUGCCUGACUCCUGCCAACCCUACAGAAAUUUCUUUUACUCACUGGAGGAACAACACAUUGACUUUUCUCUUGAUGUGGAUGAAACUGAAAAGUACCAAGAAAGGGAAGAAGAUCAAAACCCACCAUGCCCCAGGCUGAAUGGCAUGCUGAUGGAAGCGGAAGAGCCUGAAGUCUUGUAGGACUCAUUGGAUAGAUGUUAUUUGACUUCUUCAACUUACUUUGAAUUACCUGACUCAUUCCAGCACUAUAGAAGUGCCUUUUACUCAUUUGAGGAACAGUACAUUAGCUUGACCUUUGACAUGGACAAUAGGUUUUUUACUUUGACGGUGAUAAGGCUCCACCUGAUCUUCCAGAUGGGAGUCAUAUUCCCACACUAAGCAGCCCUUACUAAGCUGAGAGAUGUCAUUGCUGCAGGCAGGACCUAUAGGCACAUGUAGGCUUGAAUGAAACUGUAGUUCCAUUUGGAAGCCCAGACAUAGGCUGGAUCAGUGGGCAUGGCCCUAUUCCUAUUCUCAGACCAUGCCAGUGGCAACCUGUGCUCAGUCUGAAGACAUCGGACCCAAAUUAGGUGUGACACAUUCACAUAACUGUGCAGCAUAUGCCGGAAGUGAUCUGUCAGACAUUCUAAUUUGAAAGAUAUACCGACAUCUCUCUAGGUAGCUACAAAGUUCCUCAGGGAUUUCAUUUUGCCGGCAUGUCUCUGAGCUUCUAUACCUUCUCAAGGUCAGUGUCAUCUUUGUGUUUAGCUCAUCCAAAGGUGUUGUCCUGGUUUCAAUGAACCUAACCCCAUUCUUUCUAACUUCAGUGUUGGCUUGUUUUAGCGGAUCCAUCUGUAACACAGGAGGGAUCCUUGGCUAAGGAUUAUAUUUCAGAACCACUGACUGCUCUUGACAGUUGUUAACCCACUAGGCUCCUUUGGUUGGAGAAGCCACAGUCCUUCAGCCUCCAGUUGACAUUGAUACUUAGGAAGACCACAGCUAGAUGGAUAAACAGCAUUGAGAGGCCUCAGCCCUGCCCCUCUCAAUUCCAUCCUGUAGAGAACAGGAGUCAGGAGCUGCUGGCAGGAGACAGCAUGUCACCCAGGACUCUGCCGGUACAAAAUAUGAACAAUGCCAUGUUCUUGUAGAAAACGCUUAACGUGGGUUUCAUAGGAGGUAAUCACCAGACAACUGCAGAAUGUAGAACACUGAGCAGGACAACUGACCUGUCUCCCUCACACAGUCCAUGUCACCAUGAAUCACACAACAGAAAGGAAAAGAGAUAUUUUGGGUUCAAAAAAAGUAAAAACAUAAUGUAGCUACAUUUCUUCAGUUAUUUUGAACCCAAAGUAUCUCCUCAUCUUUUUGUUGUUGUCAUUGAUUGUGGUGACAUGGACUUGUUUGUUUUGUCAGCUGUUUGGCUCAAUGAUCUACAUUCUGAAGUUGUCUGAAAAUGUCUUCAUGAUUAAAUUCAGCCUAAGCGUUUUGCCAGGAACACUGCAGAGUCAAUGCUGUGAGUUUCCAACCUCAGCCCAUCUGCAGGCAGAGAAGGUCUAGUUUGUCCAUCACCAUUAUCAUGAUAUCAGGACAGGUUACUUGGUUAAAGAGGGGUCUAGGAGAUCUGUCCCUUUUAGAGAUACCUUACUUAUAAUGAAAUAUUUGGGAAAAUGGUUUUUGAAAGUGUAAGUGUCCUGUAUUCUAAUGAUCAUCCUCUAAACAUUUUAUCAUUUAUUAAUCAUCCCUGCCUGUGUCUAUUAUUAGAUUCAUAUCUCUACCUUGGAAAUUUUCUGUCUCAAUUUUUACUGUGCCUUUGUUUUUGCUGGUUUCUGUUGUUGAAAAAAAAAUUCUCUGCCUGAGUUUUAAUUUUUGUCCAGAGUUAAUUUUAAUCUAUACAAUUAAAAACUUUUGCCUAUCGCUCUGGACUGUUGGACUGUUUUUUACAUUCAGUGUUGGAAUCUUUUAUUAUGCUGAUUGGUUUUCAUGGGUACCGAUGGGAAUUAAUAAAAACAUUUUCAUUU